UCUAUUUCACUAAAUUCCAGUUUAAUUGCAACAUCAUUAUGUAUUUAAUAAAAUCUUCAAACUUUGUAAUUUUAAAUUGUUGCGCCAUUCGAAUUUCCCGCAAAAUGGAACAUCGGUGCGCCGCUUUUUUAUCAGUUCAACAGCGACAUCCAGUGCAAGAAUUAUCAACGAUGGUUCUCGAACCAAAAAAGUGUUUAACUUCCGAGGAAGCAUGGAAAGCUUUGGAAUCUCAUUUCCAAGCGGUGGGAGGAUGUUUGAAAAUGAAAGAAUUAUUCGCGCAAGACGCGAAACGUUUCGAAAAUUUUUCAUUGCGCUUAUGUACGCCAUCGGACGGUGAUAUUUUAAUAGAUUACUCAAAAAAUCGUGUUGUUGAUUGUACGAUGCAAUUGCUGUUCGAUUUGGCUAAAGCUAGGAAAGUAGAGGAGGCUCGCGAUAAAAUGUUUGAAGGAGCUAAAAUUAAUUUUACGGAAAAUCGUUCGGUUUUACACGUUGCUUUACGUAACAUGAGUAAAGAAUGCAUUCAAUCUGAUGGAAAAGAUGUAACCCCCGAUGUUUUUGCUGUUUUGGAUCAUAUGAAGAGUUUUUCUAAUGAUGUUAUUUGCGGUAAUUGGAAGGGAUAUACAUGCAAACCAAUCACUGAUGUUGUAAAUAUCGGUAUUGGUGGUUCUGAUUUAGGACCAUUAAUGGUUACUGAAGCUCUAAAACCAUAUAAUCAAGGGAUAAAAGCUCAUUUUGUAUCAAACAUUGAUGGAACACACAUGGCUGAAGUUUUAAAACUUUUAGAUCCUGAAACUGCAUUAUUUAUAAUUGCUUCAAAAACAUUUACCACCCAAGAAACCAUUACAAACGCAACUUCCGCUAAGAAUUGGUUUUUAGCACAAGCAAAAGACCCUCAGCAUAUUGCAAAACAUUUUGUUGCUUUAAGCACAAAUGAACCAAAAGUUAAGGAAUUCGGUAUUGAUCCUAAAAAUAUGUUUGGUUUUUGGGAUUGGGUUGGGGGAAGAUAUUCGCUUUGGUCUGCUAUUGGUCUUAGCAUUUGUUUAUCAAUUGGUCCUGACAACUUCUUUCAUUUACUAGAAGGUGCUCAUUUUAUGGAUCACCAUUUUAGAACAGCCCCAAUUGAAUCAAACGCCCCCAUGAUUUUAGGUUUGUUGGGAAUUUGGUAUUCAAAUUUCUUCAAGGCUGAAACUCAUGCUUUAUUACCUUAUGAUCAAUACCUACACCGAUUUCCCGCUUAUUUUCAACAGGGAGACAUGGAAAGUAAUGGAAAAUACGUAACUCGUGGGGGUGGUGCUGUUAAUUACACAACAGGACCCAUUGUAUGGGGUGAACCUGGAACGAACGGUCAACAUGCUUUCUAUCAAUUGAUUCAUCAAGGGACACGUUUAAUUCCGGCUGAUUUUAUUUGUCCUGUUCAAACUCAUAAUCCGAUUAGUAAAGGAGUACAUCAUAGAUAUUUGAUGUCUAAUUUUCUAGCUCAAACAGAGGCAUUGAUGAAAGGUAAAGAUCCUGACACUGCUCGAAAAGAGCUCGAAAAAUCUGGUUUGAAACCAGAUGAAGUUCAAAAACUUCUACCACAUAAAGUUUUUGAAGGAAACAAACCGACUAACUCGAUUAUGGUUAAAAAAAUCACACCAUUUACGCUUGGUGCGAUCAUUGCUAUGUACGAACAUAAGAUUUUUACACAAGGUAUUAUUUGGGAUAUCAAUUCCUUCGAUCAAUGGGGUGUUGAGUUGGGAAAACAACUUGCUAAAGCAAUUGAACCGGAAUUAAGAGAUGAUAAACCGGUUACAUCCCAUGAUUCAUCUACAAAUGGAUUAAUUAAUUUCAUAAAAGCAAACCAAGGUUGUGGUUGUUGAUCAUGUGGAUAAAAAGCAUCACAAUUUUAUUGAAUAACUGGCGAAUGAAAUGUAAAAUUAUUUUUUUAUACAUUAUACACAUAUUUUAAACAUG